GACUCUGUCCUUUUUCGAGGGCAGUCCCAGCACCCAGUAGUCGAAGCUUGAUCGAGAAUGUUUCAGUACCUACUGUCAAAUUAUCUCGAUUUGCAUCGUCAUUCGACGCGCAAACGCUUAUACACGCAAGUUCAGUGCAACAAAAUGCACGUUAUCAAUAAAUUCUAAUACGUAUUUAAAAAGCUCCAUAUGUAAAAGUAUUGAGCUUUUUAAAUAAAAUCCGAGACCCAUAAAUAAAUGUGACACCCACUGGUCGAAGCUGAAUCAAGAACGUUGCAACACCCACUACCGAAUUAUCUCGAUCUAACAUCGACUACUGCGGACUCUGUCCUCUUUCGAGGGCAGUCCCAGCACCCAGUAGUCGAAGCUUGAUCUAGAACGUUCCAGUACCUACUGUCAUAUAAUCUCGACCUAACAUCGACUACUACGGACUCUGUCCUCUUUCAAGGGCAAAUGUAAAUGGUAAAAUUCUUAAAAAUGUAUCCGAUCUUGAUCCAACUAAUUUAGUGACAAACCCAGAGUGUAACAUGAACAAGCAGGUGAGUACUAAUAAUAUUAGCAAGUCAUUUUCAUAUUGAUACAAUACAUUCGAAAAGAAAUAACACAGCAACAAAAAUUAAAUGAUAAAAUAACAAAAAUUAAUAAUUUUACAAUAUUAUAUAUAUAUAUCAAUAGGCAUGAUAUGGUGUCUUACGCCAAGUUCACACACAGUAAAGUAUUUUUAUAUUAUAUGUAUUAUAUAUUUAUAUAGAUUUCAAUGACCCAGAAGAUUAAUGAAACCAGAUGCAUUGCCACAAGUAAGCCAUCGUUCAGCAGUGUUCCUCAACCCUUAAUGGGACUUCCAUUUUCCAUUAAUGUUUACUCAUUGUCAGAUGUGAGUAACAACACUGAAGACAUGAAAACACUUGAUACUGACAAUGAGACUUUUGAUGGUAAUAACGGAAUGGAUGAUGACAACGAAAAAGAAAUCUUAAACGAUGCAGAGGUGAAUACUCAACCAAUCGUUGUCGAAGAUAUAGAUUCUUAUAUGUUUGUCCUACAAAAAGUAUUGUUUAUAUGAGUAUUAUGAUAUCAAUAUACAUUACUUAUUUGAGAUAUACACGAGAAGGUCAAUAGUUUGCACGUAGACCUUCAGCAAUUCAAGACGGAGAUGAAACACGAAGCAGCUAAAUAUGCAAGUAGAUUGAAAGAAGUUCUUGCUAUCUUGAGAGAUAAAUUUUCACAUGGAGAUGGAAACACUGAUUUAACUGUGGAUGUAAUGCCUGACUUUCCCUUGACCUCUGUUGAGGAUUAUGUGACGUUCAAUCAACAACUGACAAAUGAUGAAGCAAUUCGUAAAUGUUUUGUAAGUAUACUUUGAGUAAGA